CCCCGGACAAAAUUUUAGUUUCGAUUUAACAAAAUUUACCAUUAUGUUUCGCAUAGUCUUGGCGAAAAUAUUGGGUACCAAUUCGAAGGCGCCGCAACUACGUCACUCUUCUUGUGGCGGUAGCUCGCGCUCCGAUAAGCCCAAAGGUUGUGGCGCUGCAAAGGCAACGCCGGCUAGUGGAAGCAGCGCUGGAAAAAGGGAUGCGGUUAAGAAAUCGGAAUCGAAGGGUAGGGGGGCCAAGGCCAAAGACAAGGAAUUUAAAUGCGAGACGAGAGUAUAUUGCCAACCAAAACCUGACUGCGAAGGAACGAAGUUCGUCUCGAUGUGGGAGCCCCCGCCGAACUUGCCCGAGCCAUAUCCUUUCCAGCAUCACCCAACCUUGAUCCAAUGCUGCGAGCCCGGAUGCAAGGCGCCCCUACCGCGGUUCGACGAAAUGUACUAUCAUCCAUCGUGCAAGCAGCGUCAAUACCAGAUGACUUGGGUCGAAUGUCCAGAAUUUUUGGUUCGUAAGCGCAAGACUUGCUGCUAUGAAAAGCUGGAGGCGAUUAAGGCGGAACGACGUGUACGGAGUCGUCGUGAGGCCAGUGGCUGUGCCCCCAGUACGGCAUGCGCGCGCAAAGGUCAGAAUGAUAAGUGUCCACAGCUGGCCCUUAUGCAGGGAUGCCGUUCUGGGCGCCGUCCACCCAAGUGCGGUCGUACUCGUCGUAAAUCGUGCUGCCGCAAACUAUGCGCACCGCUUCCCAGCUAUUCCGAAUGCAAGAAACCAGAAUUGGCUGAUCUGCCAACCCCACCGAUCGAAUGUUUCUGUCGGUCCAAGAUAGCUGACUGCCAGGUUCUGGAAUAUGGCCAAUAUGUGAAGAAAUAUAAAUUGCGAGGUCCAUGCCCGAGCACGAAAAAAUCGGCGAAGCGUUGCUAAAUUCGAUUUGAAUUUUGGAAAGCAAAAUUAUAAAUUUCGGAUUAGCUAUAAUGGCAUUUAUCUGAUGACAUUAAUCCGUGCAGUUGUGUAUAUUCAAUAAAAUUUGAAUUCCAAAGUUCUUGUCUCUAAACAGCA